GGAAACCAGGUCAUCCACGAAGCAAGAAGCUUCGCUAGCUAGCCGCCACUCUAGACCUCACGCGCUUACGCGUCGACUAGAAAGAGAAAAUUAAACAAAAAGAAAAAUUUCCAAAUAUUAAUAUUUUUUGACUUCAAAUCCAAGUACCGCCAACGUGAAUUCCUGCUCUUAUUCGCUGUUCUCUUCAUUAAUAAAUAUUCUAAUUCUAAAUCCCCAAUUUCUUUCAUUCAAAUUUCCCAAUCCCUUGUUUCUCUCUCCAGUUCUCCUCUCUCUCUCUCUGUUUCUCGAAGAUCGAUCGAAGAUGGCUUCAAAUGAUCCGAAGAAAAAUGGAGGUUUCUUCGCCUCCAUCGCUUCCAGUUUAUCCAAUUUUGGUUCCGCCAUGACCAAAUCCGUCAAUGGUUUGUUGGGUUAUGAAGGGCUUGAAGUCAUUAACCCAGAAGGAGGUACAGAAGAUGGUGAAGAGGAAGCAAGGAAAGGAAGAUGGAAACAGGAGGAUCGAGAUAGUUACUGGAAGAUGAUGCAGAAGUAUAUAGGAUCUGAUGUCACAUCAAUGGUUACUCUACCGGUACUUAUUUUCGAGCCAAUGUCUAUGCUGCAGAGAAUGUCAGAGGUGAUGGAGUACUCUUACCUGUUAGAUCUGGCAGAUGAAUGUGAGGAUCCUUAUAUGAGAUUGGUGUAUGCUUCUUCAUGGUUUAUAUCAGUUUAUUAUUGCUUUGAACGACCAUGGAAGCCAUUUAAUCCAAUACUUGGUGAAACCUAUGAAAUGGUUAAUCAUGGUGGCAUCACAUUCAUUGCAGAGCAGGUAAGUCAUCACCCUCCAAUUGGCGCUGCACAUGCUGAAAAUGAGCAUUUUACUUAUGACCUGACAUCAAAGGUGAAAACCAAGUUUCUGGGGAACUCGGUUGAUGUCUACCCAGUUGGAAGAACACGUUUGACCCUCAAAAGGGAUGGUGUAGUGCUGGAAUUGGUACCUCCUCCAACAAAAGUACACAACUUAAUUUUUGGGCGUACUUGGAUUGACUCACCAGGAGAGAUGAUUCUAACGAAUUUGACAACAGGAGACAAAGUUGUACUAUAUUUUCAACCAUGUGGUUGGUUUGGAGCUGGUCGCUACGAAGUAGAUGGAUAUGUUUACAAUUCUAAUGAGGAACCAAAAAUGUUGAUGACUGGAAAAUGGAACGAGUAUAUGAGUUAUCAACCAUGUGACUUGGAAGGGGAACCACUUCCUGGCGCUGAACUGAAAGAGGUUUGGAGGAUUGCCAAAGUUCCGGAAAAUGAUAAAUUCCAGUACACAUAUUUUGCACAUAAAUUAAAUAGCUUGGACACUGCUCCAAAGAAGUUACUGGCAUCAGACUCACGUUUACGUCCUGAUAGAUACGCACUAGAGCAAGGAGACCUAUCAAAAGCUGGACUAGAAAAGAGCAGUCUGGAGGAGAGGCAGAGAGCUGAGAAGAGAAACCGAGAAGCGAAAGGCCAUCAGUUUACUCCAAGAUGGUUUGACCAGACUAAUGAUAUCAGUCCUACACCCUGGGGGGACUUGGAAGUGUAUUCGUACAACGGAAAGUAUACCGAGCAUCGUGCUGCAGUAGAUAGCUCAAACAGUGAUGAAGUGACCGACAUCAGAUCAACGGAGUUCAACCCGUGGCAAUAUGAAAAUCAGGCAGCUGCAUGAAGAGUUAAAGACAUAAUGUUGUAUGUUUCCCGGUGUAAUAUACCCCAUUUGUUUGUUAUUCUUAUUUUGGUUGUAAUGCAGGAUUGAUAUUAUGAUGGAAUAGGUUAAUAUUGAUAAGCAGUUUUGUUCAGUUAA